AAAAAACAAGUACACUUCAGGUCGUCCGAAACAGGAUAAUCUCCAUCCUGGUACUCUUGUUUUCGAUCUUCACACUUCUACUUCUAUUUCCCACAUCAACAGCCGUAUCCAACUUUCUGUUGUUUCUUCGUCAUACAAGACAACUCCCCGCAUUCAGUAUGGCUUUAAAUCGCAUCAGCGCGGCCUCGGCAUUGCUACUGCUUCCACCCCCACCAGCGGCGUCGUUCGAGCAGUGCAGAAAUGUGUAUGAGUCGCUCUUAUCUACAGUUUUCACCAAGCUUGCUGAAAUCAAUGGUACCAACCACACUGCCAUCUUGGAUAUUGCUCUCUUUCUUCCGGGACUCCAAUCACAUAUCUGUCAGCCCCGGGCCACGUUGUUCACGAGUCUCCAAAGUUUGCUAGCAAAUCUCUAUAGGCUCAUUGGGAUAGUCUCCGUUGAGAACAGUAUUGGGCUGGAUGCCCCUGGUGGUAUCAACACGCGAGUCAUUUUGCUUGAUUUGGAUACCGUACAUCCUUCCGGGAAAGACUCCUCCCAGGCUUCGCAAAUGGGACCCAUCCUAGACUUGCAAACCCUUGCGACCUCAGCUCGUCCAUGGGACCAAAUCUAUUAUCCGGAUAAUCAAGUAGGUCAGAAUCUAGCAACGGCCUUCAGUAGUAUCUAUUCCCAGUUUAAGGACCCCAAUGCCGGGACUCUGCACUCCAUUCCCGGCGCCUCCAGCUGGACAUCUUCGGAAUCAAUUGUGGCGCCGGACGACUCACGAGGAAGCCAGACACAUCAGUCGGUUAUUGUAGGCGGCACCUUCGAUCAUUUCCAUAUUGGACACAAGCUACUGCUCACUGCCAUGGCGUUGGUCUUAGAUCCUGUUAGGGACACCAAUCCGGGGAAAGAGGCGCUUCUGACAAUUGGCGUGACUGGUGAUGAACUGCUAGUGAACAAGAAGUAUGCUGAAUGCCUGGAAAGCUGGGAUGAGCGGUGUGAGGGUGUUGCAUCCUUUCUGACGGCCAUCAUGGACUUUUACCCUCCUGACAAGAGCGCCACACGUACCGAGCGGGUCACGCAACCAGGGCCUAACGGAAAAUAUAUUCUGAUGAAAGUACGGUCCGGAUUGACCCUGAAACUUGUGCAGAUUUCCGAUCCGUUUGGGCCCACCAUCACGGAGGAGGACAUUAGCGCCAUCGUGGUCUCCCAAGAAACUCGCUCGGGAGGUGCCGCGGUCAACGAAAGACGUGCAGAGAAGGGUUGGAAAAGGCUCGAUGUAUUUGAGAUUGACGUGCUCCAUUCCAAAGACGUGCCGUCGAGUGAUUUCGAAGAUUUUGCGUCCAAAAUCAGCAGCACGGAUAUCAGACGGCAGCGGAUGGAACAAGCCAAGAGCGAAUUAAGUUGAACGAUUGGCUGGAGACGGGAAAUUGCUUUUUCAUAGCUCGACCUAUGCAGCCAUCAGUUAUUCGUCACGGACAUUUUUCAUGGUCACACUGCUAAGCAAGUACACUGGGCGGAUUGGGUCCCAGCAACAUUAUUUGUACAUACAUACAUACAUACUUCAUGACUUCCCCAGUCCACGUCAACCAACGAAUUGCGCUCCCCUGGGGGUGAUUGAUU